GAUGGCCGUUGUUUGGCGGCUUUUGCUGCCGUCUGCAGGACCCAAGGCUCUAGGUCACUCGGUGGAGCGGAGCUUAGAGAAACUGGAAGGAGCCCGAGGGGGCGCCGUCCACACUGCCCAGGAGUGAGUGGGUUGCGGAACCCGCUUCCGGGAUUUUCGGCCUAGGUCUCCGCCAUUAUCCCGCGCGUCUCCUGGCACCACCGCGCCCACAGGGUCCUAUGUCAACCAACGCGGUGCAGGACCCGGCCCAGGUUCCCAUGGUAGCAGCAGCAUUUAUGGUCCCUGGACAGGGCCAUGUGAUCUUUGAGGAUGUGGCUGUGUCCUUCUCCCAGGAGGAGUGGGGUCUCCUUAACGAUGCUCAGAGACUCCUCUACUGUGACGUGAUGCUGGAGAACCUGUCACUUAUAGCCUCCCUGGGGUGUUGGCGUGCAGUAGGUACCGAGGAGGCUGCUUCUGAACAAUGUGUUUCUGUAGAACAAGUGACGCAAGACAGGAAUCCAAAUCCAGACCUAUCUAUCCUGAAGACUCUUACUUCAGAUACAGGUGCCCUGGGAGAGAAAGACGUUUUGUACCUGGCUGAGCACCAAGGAGUGCAUCCUGGGCUGAAACCGUCCUCUUCUGGGGCCUGUGGGAAAAUGUUCACUUCUCACCUACAACAGCACCAGAAGCAGCCCAGUGGAGAGAAACACCUCAGAAGGGAAGAGAACGGGGCCUUGCUUGUGACGAGCUGCAAAGUCUUUUUACCCAACAAUAUGUUCACAUGUGGAGAGGUUGAGAAGGCUUUCCUAGGCAGCUUGGGCUUUCCCCAGCACCAGCCCUCCCACGAUGGACAGCAUCCACGUAGAAGCAGUCAGAGCAGGGAGGUCUCUCACCCUGGGCAAGGGCAUUACGAGUGCAGCGAAUGUGGCAAAGCCUUCAGUAAGAAGUAUAAAUUCACGGAGCACCUGAGAGUUCACACUGGAGAAAAACCUUAUGGGUGCAGCGACUGCGGGAAGUUCUUCAGACUCAGGGGGGGUCUUUCUCAUCAUCGGAGAGUUCACACAGGAGAAAAGCCUUUUGAUUGCAGUAAAUGUGGGAAAGUCUUCAUCUACAAAUGUAAACUUGUUCAGCACCAAAGAGUCCACACUGGAGAAAGACCCUAUGAGUGUAAUGAAUGUGGGAAAGCCUAUGCCCGCAAGGAUUCACUUGUCCAGCACCAAAAGGUCCACACUGGAGAGAAACCUCAUAAAUGCAGUGAAUGUGGGAAGCUCUUCCUUUACAGAAAUAAACUUCUUGUGCACCAGAGGAUCCAUACUGGAGAAAAGCCUUUUAAGUGCACCGAAUGUGGGAAGUCCUUCAGUUAUAAAACCAGUCUUAUUAUCCACCAGAGAACCCACACUGGAGAAAGGCCUCAUAUGUGCAGUGAGUGUGGGAAAGCCUAUGUCAACAAAAAAAGUCUUAUUGUACACCAGAGAAUUCACAAUGGAGAAAAAGUUUAUGGGUGUAAGAAAUGUGGGAACUUCUUUAUAAGCAGCUUUGCCCUCAAUAAACACCAGAAUGUUCACACUGCACAAAGGCGUUAUGAGUGCAGUGAAUGUGGGAAAGCUUUCAAGAGGAAAAUCAGACUUGCUGAGCACCAGAGAAUCCACACUGGAGAAAGACCCUAUGAGUGUAAUGAAUGUGGGAAAGCCUUCAAGCUAAAGAAUACACUUGUUAGCCACCGAAAUGUCCACACUAGAGCAAAGCCUUUUCAGUGCAGUGAAUGUGGGAAGCCCUACAGUAACAAAACAAGUCUUGUUGUCCACCAGAGAAUCCACACUGGAGUAAAGCCUUUUCAGUGCAAUGAAUGUGGGAAGCCUUACAGUUACAGAACAAGUCUUAUUGUCCACCAGAGAAUCCACACUGGAGAAAGGCCUUAUGAGUGUAGUUCUUUGUAUGUAGCUCCAAGCUCAUAAAAAAGAGGAAAGUUCACACUGGAGAAAUGCCUUCUGGACUUAUGUGUUCCUUCACUUGAGUUAAUAUCUAGCACCACAAUUCCUGUGUUGUAGAGUAGGUGAAUGUUUAAUUUAUGUGGGGUCAAACUUUUUAAAGUGGUAGUAUCCUUUUACAGUCUCGCCAGAAACACCAGAACCCAAGUUCCCAUUCUUUCCAUUCUUACCAACACUUGGUAUGUGCAGGCUUUCUAAUUUUUGUGACAUCAUAGGUGUAUAGUGGUAUCAAGUGAUUUUAAUUUGCAUUUCCCUAAUGACAUGAUGCUGAGUGGUCUUCCAUGUGUUAAUUUCCAGCCAUAUAUUGUUAUUGAA